AUGGACUCCCUUGAGCACUGUCGCGAUACACGCGAUACACGCACACCCAUCAACCCCCAGCCUGAGCCACUCUCCAGCUCUGCCAGAAGCCCAACUUCACUCUCCAACCACCUCACAAGUGAAGACAAACCUGAAGAAAACAACUCGUCCUUGGAUAACGAUGCAACUCCUCGUCCAGUCUCCCCCGCGCAUUCAACCACUCCUGACGACCCUCCUGAUGACCCUCAUGACGAUCCUCCUGUUGUGUCCUCCAUCCUCAAAGAGAUCAUAACCUGUAUCGAUUCUUUCGACCGCCCCUUCUGGAAGGAAUAUCACCUCGACGCAUCCUACGUGGAUUUGCCCUACCAGCGCCUCGAAGAGUUUGCCGAUCGGGAGUGGAAGAAAUUUCGGUAG